ACCGGGCCAGGGCACGGCGGGGGGGAGCGUGGGAGCUGGGUGCUAACUGCCGUCUGUAGGCUUCAGAGUGAACGUCUCGCUGCGAUGAAUGGGGCAGCCCCUCCCCCAAGCUAUUGUUUCCGGCCGCCCGCAGGUUUACUGGACCAGCUCUAUGUUCCGGUCGCUCUUGCUCUCUAGUGUGAUGAUUGUAUGGCAGUACUGUGAUGGUAAGGCAAGGCCUUCAUCCCUCUGGGACCAGCGAAAGGCUCCUCCUCACAGUGCGUACCAUGCAGAUUCUGGAAUACAACACCUUAGGUGGGAAGUAUAACCGGGGCCUGACAGUGCUGGCUGCCUUCCGGGAGCUGGUGGGGCCAGAGCAGCAGGACCCAGAAAGCUUCCAGUGUGCCUUGACCGUUGGCUGGUGCAUCGAGCUGCUUCAAGCUUUUUUUGUGGUGGCUGAUGAUAUCAUGGACUUCUCACUCACCCGACGUGGCCAACCCUGCUGGUAUAAGAAGGAGGGAAUUGGUUUGGACGCUGUGAAUGAUUCCUUCCUCCUCGAGUCUUGUAUCUACCAGUUGCUGAAGAAAUACUGCCGGGGGCAGCCCUACUAUGUGCACCUGCUUGAGCUCUUCCUGGAGACCUCAUACCAGACUGAGCUGGGACAGGCACUGGACCUCAUCACUGCUCCGCCUGGCCACAUUGAUCUUAGUCGUUUCACUCUGCAGAGGUACAAGGCAAUCGUUAAGUACAAGACCGCCUUCUAUUCCUUCUACCUGCCGGUUGCAGCUGCUAUGUACAUGGCCGGCAUUGACAGCGAGGAGGAGCAUGCCAACGCCAAAGCCAUCUUGCUGGAGAUGGGGGAGUUCUUCCAGAUCCAGGAUGACUUCCUUGAUUGCUUUGGGGAUCCAAACGUGAUGGGUAAGAUUGGCACUGACAUCCAGGACAACAAGUGCAGCUGGCUGGUGGUGGAAUGCCUGCACCGUGUGUCGCCAGAGCAGAGGCAGCUCCUGGAGGAAAACUAUGGGCAAAAAUCGCUGGAGAAGGUGGCCAAGGUGAAGGAGUUGUAUGAAACUGUGGGCAUGAGGGAAGCCUACCAGGAGUGUGAGGAGAGCAGCUACCGCCGCCUGGGGGAGCUGGUUGAGAAACAUGCCAACCACCUCCCCAAAGCAAUUUUUCUUGGCCUAACCGAGAAGAUCUACAAGCGUCAGAAGUGACGGGGUGGGCUAGCUCCUCAGGGCUCUACCAGGACAGGCGUUGACAGGCCUCCUUCCACGAGGCCCAGCUUCUGGCAUGAGAGCUGACUCUUCAAACUCAUCUGCUGUGGGAAAGGUGAUGCCUCCCCUGUGCCCAUUCCGUUGGGGAUGACGAACCGUAUACUCUCUUGUUGGAGUGUGUGGGAGAAACUGCUGUCCAUGUAACGGAUCAACUGUGAUAGCAGAGAUGCAAAGCAUUUGUAUCAAUAAACAUAAUUUAUUGUA